AUGAGUGAUAAAAAAAUUGCCUGUGUUGCUGCUAUAGGCCCAGAUAAUAACCCAAUUCUCCUCAAAUCUUACUGCGUUGAAAAGAGAUCCCAAGAAAUAGAUACAUUGUUAUUCUGCUCAUUAGAUUAUUUUGAAAAUUCUAUAGAUUCUGACCCUAAAUAUAAAUCUACAAAUCAAUGGCUCGGAAAUCUUCAAACAUCAGAUCGCUUCCAAAUCUGGGGCUACAAGACAAACUUAAACUACAAAAUUGUUGUUUUUACAUUCCAUAACGUUCCAGCAAAUAAUGAGGAUAUGAAAGCCCUCUGCGAGAAGAUCAAGAAAAUUAUAUUUAGCGCUUUUAUGGAUCCAUUCUAUCAACCUUUCACAGUUAUCAAAUCGGAGUCUAUUUACAAACAGAUUGAUGCCUUAUGUCAAGGCCAAUAA